AUGCCCGCACGCACAGUCUCUGAUUUAGAAGUUCUUCCACAAGCUAUAGCCAGAAUAUUUGACCAAGCACAGUCUACCGCAGCAAACCACCAGAAGAACUUCGUCGCGCUCUACAAACUCCAGACCGAUGCCGCGACACACACAGAGCCCGUGCAGAACGGCAGGAGCAUCAAGCUCGUUGGUGAGCGUGAAUUUGAGGACGUCAUGCUUGACAUGCUGGCGCGUGUGCUGCCGAUGAAGAAGGGCGUGACGGUGGCCGACAGGAUCAUGAAGUUCGUUGGAGGGUAUGUCAGAUUUAUUAACGAGAAGGCUGUUGAAGAACGCAAGAGGAAGGAGAUGGACGAGGACGAGGACACCACCGCGUCCAGGUUCGUCACCCGCGUGCUCAAGUUCCUCCUGAAGGGAUGUGUUGCGAAAGAUAAAGUUGUACGUUUCCGAGUCGUACAGUGCAUCGCGGACAUGAUUCUGCACCUUGGAGAAAUAGAUGAAGACCUCUACCUUUCUAUGCGCACCAGCCUCCUAGAGCGCAUACGGGAUAAGGAGCCUCCAAUACGAGCACAGACGGUGCUCGCGCUCUCUAAACUCGCCCCGUCCGAGAACAUCGCCGAGUUGGAGGAGGACGAAACUAGCAUCCAGGAAUUGCUUCUCGACACACUGACAUAUGACACCUCGGCUGACGUCCGGCGCGCCGCCCUGGUGAACCUGCAGCUGAACGAGGAGACGCUCCCACACAUCCUCGCGCGCACACGCGACGUCGACACAACCCUGCGGCGGCUCGUCUACUCCACUGUGCUCGAGCAGCAAUGUCUGCCCGACACCGAUGCAGGCAUUGGCAUCGCACACCCCCGCGCUCUCUCCAUCGCACAGCGCGAGUUGAUCGUCCGCAAUGGGCUGGGGGACCGCGAAGAGACCGUCAAGGCCGCGGCAGCGAAGCUUGUCGGUACGUGGGUCGAUGUCGUCCGCGAGAGCGCGGCCAAAAGCGAGGCCGGCGAAGACGACGGGAUCCAAGCGGACCUCGUAGCGUUCUUGAAACUGUUCGAUCUCAUGGAAGGCAUGCAGAUUGCCGAGGACGCAAUCUCACGUGUAUUCGAAGCCAGAGUCGAUAUUUUUGACAACGUACAGUUUAGCGACAAUUACUGGACCUCUCUAACGCCAGAGAAGGCAUUCCUAGCGCGCGUGUUUGUCGACCACUGCAUUGUCACGAAGGAUGACAACAGGCUGGAGUCUGUGCUUCCAGUCGUGACCGCGUUGGCCUUCCGAAUCCAAUCAGCAUACAACGAGCUGCUGGAAUACAUCCAAGAAGAGGAGGAAGAGCAGCUCCUGCGCGCAGGCAUGGACGACGAUGACGACGCGCAUGAGAAAAGAGAGGAGCAGCGGAUGGACCGGGAGUUUGUCAUUGCCGAAAUGCUCAAGACCGCUGUGAACCUCGAUUAUGCAGAUGAGAUCGGGCGGAGGAAGAUGUUCCAGCUCGUCCGCGACAUGAUCUCCCAGGACGCGUUACCGGAAGGUCUGGUUGCACGGUGUCUCGACGUAUUGAGGACCCUCUCACCGAAUGAGCGCGAUCUCAUUCGCGUAGUGGUAGAAGUAGUUCAUGAACUUAGAGAUCCCACAGACCCGGAUGACGAGCCUAGAGAGAUCAACGAUGGUGAAACCGACUUCGGUGCUACUCCUGCGACCGUCAAGACUGUCCGCGCGCUGCCCAAGCCCAACGCGGAGAUGUCACCGGAGGAGAGGGCAAGAGCGGACAUCGUCGACCUGCGAUGUCUGUCUCUGUGCAUCGGCAUGUUAGAGCGGGUGAACGGAACUUUCGAAGAGAACUCGACGUUAGAGGGAAUACUCGGAGAACUGAUCGUCCCUGCCGUCAAACGUAAAGAGUUGAUUAUGAGAGAGAAGGGCCUCGUCAGCCUUGGCCUGUGUUGUCUGAUUGCACGACGCAUGGCGUUGAACUCGUUCCAGCUCUUCCUCGGUCAAGUCCAAUCCGCGCCACCAGUGCUCAAGAUUCAUGUUCUUCAGAUCGUAUUUGACAUUCUCAUGGUGCACGAGAGCGACUUCCUCGCGCCCGGCAGCGCCAACGCAGAGCGCAUCGUCGAUUUCCUCCUGUAUCAGCUCGAAAAUGAGGAGUCAGACAAGGUGCAGGCCUUGCUUUGCAUGGGCAUUUCAAAGCUCAUGCUUUCUGGCAUGAUCGCGGAUGACCGAAUGCUCAGGAGUCUUAUGCUGAUCUAUAUCUCGCCCGAGACCUUGCCGAACCAAGAGCUUCGCCAGUGCUUGUCGUACUUCUUUCCCGUCUACUCAUAUUCGUCCCCUACGAAUCAACGUCGCAUGCAGAAGAUCUUUAUCCCUCUGUACGAGCAGCUGGUCAACGUAUACAGAGACUGGGACGGUGACGAGGAGAUGGUCAGCCCGGCACAAGUGGGGCUUAUGUUUGUGGACUGGACAGACCCACAGAAGGCCGCCGCUGUCGCUAAGGGUGUACAAGGUAUCUCUGCGGACGAAGCUAUUCAUGUCGAUUUUGCAAGCGAUAUCGUGAGGGCGUUAUUCAAUAAGGAGCUUGAGAAGGACGAUAUGAAAGGUCUGUGUCAAAUGCUGGGCAAGCUCCACAUACCCGAGGCUGUGGACGACGACAAGAUUCGCACUCUGAAGUUGCUCACGCACAACCUGCGCUCGCGCCGUCCACUCCGCGAUACGACCUCCCACAACGCCUUCAUAAAGUUCGACAACACGAUCUCGAAGAAGUUCGAGAAGCAGCUGGAGGACUUUAGCGAGGACGACUAUCGCCAGCUGGAGUACCUCAAGGAGCUCUUCGAAUUUCUGGAUGAGAUGAAGGCCGAGGAUGGUGACGAGGACGAGGACGUGAAGAUCCCGCAGAAGACUGCCAGAAAACGACGAUCUGAGAGCAUCGCGACAGGUUCAGCUGCCAGUGGCCUCGCGUCCGACGCAGAUGACGUCCCACCUUCUCAUGCCCGCAAAGCCAGUAGUAAGGGUAAAUUGAAGAGACGCCGCCUCUCCCUUUCCGAUGACGAGUCUGAUGAACAGACGGAAGCUACGCCACCUGCGCGCGUCAUGCCGAGGCGUUCUGUAGCGGAGAAAACCAGGAAGGCAGUGGCAGUCACCCUCACACCGAAGAAGGAAAUGGACAGCGAUUUUGAAGACGUGACACCUAUGCCUUCUCGGCAGCCGAAAAAGCGGACAAGUACAGCGGCAAGAAAGAGUGCUCCACGUGACCCGUCGCCCCCCAUUUCUAUACACGACACGACGGAAGACGAGGCUCCGAAGAGACGGAAGAGCGCACCUGCCAGGAAAAGUGUUCCCCGCCCCGCGUCGCCACCGAUAUCGAUACACGAUAGCAGCGACCCAGAAGGAGAUGAUGCACCUUCUGCGCAUGCCUCUUUCGCCACGAACUCGAGUGAUGAAGAGGAAGAGGAGGAAGUGGCGGAUAUCUUAUGA